CUGCUGCUGCUGCUGCCGUGUCUUGGCUCCAGGACUCGUCUUCUCGCUCUACACUGUCCCCAGUCGCUCCAGCCCCACCGAUGCUCACACACACACACUCCUGCUCCUCCUCCUGAGCCUGAGCUCAGCGGCCUGAGUGACACAUGCUGCGGCAGUCUGCCCGCUGUAUGAUCCGUGGAUUAGCUAUAUGCUAAUAUCGAUAGGUGAGAGGAGCCAGCGGAGGCUUCCCGAGUCUGAAAAGGCUCCUUUGCGGCUAUGGCUGAAGGUGGAGAAGGAGAGGAUGAGAUCCAGUUCCUCAGAACUGAUGAUGAAGUGGUGCUCCAGUGCGUGGCCUGCAUCCAGAAGGAGAAUCGUAAGUUUUGCCUGGCGGCUGAGGGACUGGGUAACAGGCUGUGUUACCUGGAGCCCACAUCUGAGGCAAAGUAUGUUCCUCCAGACCUGUGCAUCUGUACCUUUGUACUGGAACAGUCCCUGUCAGUGCGGGCCCUGCAGGAAAUGUUGGCUAAGAGUGGACAGAACAGUGAAGGGGCAGCACAGAGUGGAGGACACAAGACCCUUCUGUAUGGACAUGCCAUCCUCCUGCGUCAUUCCUUCAGCUCCAUGUACCUGGCCUGUUUGAAGACGUCAAGGUCGCAGACAGAUAAGCUGUCUUUUGAUGUGGGCCUGCAGGAAGACUCAGCAGGAGAGGCCUGCUGGUGGACGAUUCAUCCUGCCUCCAAACAGAGGUCGGAAGGAGAGAAAGUUCGCAUUGGCGACGACCUCAUCCUCGUCAGCGUGUCUUCAGAGCGAUACCUUCAUUUAUCCAUAUCUAACGGCAAUAUCCAGGUUGAUGCUUCCUUCAUGCAAACGCUGUGGAACGUUCAUCCCAUCUGUUCUGGCAGCAACAUAGAGGAAGGCUACCUGCUGGGUGGUCAUGUGAUGCGUCUGUUCCACGGCCAUGAUGAGGUUCUGACCAUCCCAGGAUCAGAUCAGAGCGAAGAGCAACAAAGGCUAGUCAACUACGAGACGGGUAAAGCCGGUGCCAAGGCCAGGUCCUUAUGGAGGCUGGAGCCACUCAGAAUCAGCUGGAGCGGCAGCCACAUCCGCUGGGGCCAGCCGUUCCGUCUGAGGCACCUGACCACCGGGCACUACCUGGCGCUGACCGAGGACAGAGGUUUGGUGCUGCAGGAUCGGGAGCGGUCGGACACCCUGGCCACAGCCUUCUGCUUCAGGGCGUCCAAGGAGAAGCUGGAACAAAGUCCCAAGCGGGACAUCGAGGGCAUGGGGGUGGCCGAGAUCAAAUAUGGAGACUCGCUCUGCUUCAUCACGCACGUGGCCACGGGACUCUGGCUCUCCUAUCAGGCACCUGAUGUCAAAUCAGCCCGUCUGGGUCCCCUCAAGAGACGAGCGUGUCUACACUCUGAAGGUCACAUGGAUGACGGACUGACCCUGCAGCGCUGUCAGCAUGAAGAGUCGCGCGCCGCUCGCAUUAUCCGCAACACCACCCUACUGUUCAAAAGAUUUAUCAGAGACCUGGACUGUCUGGGCGUUAAGAACAGAACCCUGGUCGCCCUGCCCAUCGAGGAGGUGCUCCAAACCCUCAAUGACCUCAUCACCUAUUUCCAGGUCCCCGAUGCCGAGCUGGAGCACGAGGAGAGGCAGAUCAAGCUGCGCUCGCUGAAGAACAGACAGAACCUGUUCAAACAGGAAGGCAUGCUGACUCUGGUGUCCAACUGCAUCGACCGUCUGAACGUGUACAACAGUGCAGCCCACUUUGGCGAGUGUGCCGGGUCUGAGGCUGGAGGAGCCUGGAAGGACAUUCUGAAUCUGCUGUAUGAGCUGUUGGCCGCUUUAAUCCGAGGGAACAGGAACAACUGCACGCAGUUUUCCAACAACCUGGACUGGCUGGUGAGCAAGUUGGAGCGACUGGAGUCCUCCUCAGGCAUCCUGGAAGUCCUGCACUGCAUCCUAAUCGAGAGCCCGGAGGCCCUUAACAUUAUCCAGAAAGGACACAUCAAGUCCAUCAUAUCGCUUCUCUACAAGCACGGACGCAACCACAAGGUGUGUGCACUGAAUAAUUCAUUGUAUUUCAUGGGAAUAAGCCCCGCCCUCGACAAAGGCAUGCGGCCAAACGUCUUCCUGGGGGUCAGCGAGGGCUCGGCUCAGUAUAAGAAGUGGUACUACGAGCUGAUUAUCGACCAAGUGGACCACUUCGUCACCAGCGAGCCUUCACACCUGAGAGUGGGCUGGGCCAACACCAAAGGAUACGCCCCCUACCCUGGAGGAGGAGAGGGUUGGGGCGGCAACGGGGUCGGAGAUGACCUCUACUCGUUUGGAUUUGACGGACUUCACCUGUGCAUGCGGCCAAACGUCUUCCUGGGGGUCAGCGAGGGCUCGGCUCAGUAUAAGAAGUGGUACUACGAGCUGAUUAUCGACCAAGUGGACCACUUCGUCACCAGCGAGCCUUCACACCUGAGAGUGGGCUGGGCCAACACCAAAGGAUACGCCCCCUACCCUGGAGGAGGAGAGGGUUGGGGCGGCAACGGGGUCGGAGAUGACCUCUACUCGUUUGGAUUUGACGGACUUCACCUGUGGUCAGGUCGUAUACCUCGGGCGGUGGCGUCCAUGAACCAGCACGUUCUGACCUCGGAGGACGUGGUGAGCUGCUGCCUGGACCUCGGCGCUCCGAGCAUCUCCUUCAGAAUCAACGGCCAACCGGUGCAGGGCAUGUUUGAGAACUUCAACACCGACGGCCUCUUCUUCCCUGUGGUCAGCUUCUCAGCGGGGGUGAAGGUGCGUUUUCUGCUGGGUGGUCGUCACGGCGACUUCAAGUUCCUGCCUCCAUCGAGUUACGCUCCGUGCUGUGAGGCUCUGCUCCCGAAGGAGAAGAUGAAAGUAGAGCCGGUGAAAGAAUACAAGAGGGACGUGGACGGCGUCAGAGACCUGCUGGGCACCACCCAGUUCAUGUCGCAGGCCUCCUUCAUCCCCACCCCUGUGGAAACCAGUCAGAUUGUGAUGCCACCGCAUCUGGAGAAGGUCCGAGACAAGCUGGCCGAGAACAUCCAUGAACUGUGGGGCAUGAAUAAGAUUGAGCUGGGCUGGUCGUACGGCAAGAUCAGGGACGAUAAUAAGCGGCAGCAUCCAUGCCUGGUGGAUUUUUCCAAGCUGCCAGAGACGGAAAAAAACUACAAUUUGCAGAUGUCGACAGAAACUUUGAAGACUCUGCUGGCGCUCGGCUGUCGUGUCGUUCAGGUGAAUCCGAAUGCAGAGGAGGCGCUGAAAAAAAUAAAGCUCCCCAAGAACUACAUGAUGUCCAACGGCUAUAAACCAACUCCUCUGGACCUGUCGGACAUCAAACUGACUCCAGGUCAGGAGCUGCUGGUGGACAAACUAGCAGAGAACGCGCACAAUGUUUGGGCCAAGGAUCGAAUCAAACAGGGAUGGACGUAUGGCAUUCAGCAGGACCUCAAGAGUAAACGCAACCCUCGUCUCGUUCCCUACGUUUUGCUGGACGAGCGCACCAAGAAGUCCAACAGGGACAGUCUCCGAGAGGCGAUCCGCACUCUGAUUGGCUACGGCUACAACAUCGACCCGUCAGACCAGGAAAGCGCGGCGGAGCGGCUCAGCAUCGACAAGAUCCGCUUUUUCCGAGUGGAGAGAACGUACGCGGUGAAGUACGGGAAAUGGUACUUCGAGUUUGAGGCCGUGACGGGGGGGGACAUGAGAGUGGGCUGGGCCAGACCUGGAUGUAAGCCAGAUGUGGAACUGGGCACAGACGAGCUGGCAUGAGAUUUAUGGGGGGAGGAUGGUCAGUGUCUGAACAUGGGCAGCCGCCUGUUUGGCCGCUGCUGGCACGCGGGAGACGUGGUGGGCUGUAUGAUCAACAUGGAGGACAAGUCCAUGAUCUUCACCCUGAAUGGAGAAAUCCUCAUCACCAGCACCGGCUCCGAGCUCUGCUUCACCGACUUUGAGACCGAGGAUGGGUUCAUCCCCGUCUGCAGCCUGGGCCUGGCUGAAGUGGGUCGUAUGAAUCUGGGGAAAGAUGCCAGCACUUUCAAGUACUACACCAUGUGUGGGCUGCAGGAGGGAUUCGAACCCUUCGCCGUCAACAUGAACAGAGAGGUGACCAUGUGGUUCAGCAAACGUCUGCCCACCUUCAUCAACGUGCCCAAGGACCACAACCACAUCACAGUGGUCAGGAUUGACGGCACCAUCGACAGCCCCCCCUGUCUCAAAGUGACCCACAAGACGUUUGGAACGCAGAACAGCAACGCUGACAUGGUGUUCUGUCGUCUCAGCAUGCCGGUGGAGUUCCACUCCGUUUUCAAGUCCAUCCCGGCCGUGGACAUGAACGGAGUCCACGACGAAGACAUCCUCAAAGUCAAACACAGAUACCCUCUGAGAUCAGUGCGGCACAGCGACGAGAGCCGAAGAGUCGACUACAGCAGCAUCACCGCGUACUACCACUCAGUGAGGAUCUUCGCCGGACAGGACCCGGCCGGCGUGUGGGUCGGAUGGGUGACGCCCGACUAUCACUACUACAGCAACAACUUCAACCUGAGCAAAAACAGAACGGUGACCGUCACCCUGGGCGACGAGAGAGGGCGGGUUCACGAGAGCGUAAAGAGGAGUAACUGCUACAUGGUGUGGGGUGGUGAUGUCACCAAUGCUGCUCACGCCGCCAGUCGCAGCAACGUGGACUUGGAAAUCGGCUGUCUGAUUGACCUGGCCACCGGUCUGGUGACCUUCACUGUAAACGGCAAAGAGAUAUCCACGUCGUACCAGGUGGAACCAAAUACCAAGCUGUUUCCCGCUGUCUUCGUCAGACCCACCAGCCCAAAUCUCUUCCAGUUCGAGCUGGGAAAAGUUAAGAACGCCAUGCCUUUGUCGUCGGCCAUUUUUAAAAGCGAACAUAAGAACCCGGUGCCACAGUGUCCGCCGCGUCUGGACGUCCAAACCAUCAACGCGGUGCUGUGGAGCCGAAUGCCCAACAUCUUCCUGAAGGUGGAAACGGCCCGAGUCAGUGAGAGGCACGGAUGGGUGGUGCAGUGUGUGGAGCCGCUGCAGAUGUUGGCCGUUCACAUCCCGGAGGAGAACAGGUGCGUGGACAUCAUGGAGCUGUCCGAGCAGGAAGACCUGAGAAUGUUCCACUACCACACCCUGAAGCUCUACUGCGCCCUCUGUGCUCUGGGCAACACCCGCGUGGCACAUGCCCUGUGCAGCCACCUGGACCAGUCCCAGCUGCUGUACACCAUCGACAACCAGUACCUGUCGGGCAUGUUACGCGAGGGUUUCUACAACGUCCUGAUCAGCAUCCACCUGGAGACUGCCAAGGAGGCGCGCCUCAUGAUGAAGGACGAGUUCAUCAUCCCCGUGACGGCCGAGACCCGCUCCAUCCGCCUGUUCUCCGAUGCCUCCAAAAAGCACAUCCCACCCGGGGUGGGGCUCAGCACUUCGCUCAAACCACGCCUGAACUUUGCGCCGCCUUGUUUCAUCAGCACCAAACGGGAGCAGCAUCUGUACAGCCCACAGAUUCCGUUGGACGCGUUGAAAGAGAAGGCCAUUUCCAUGCUGACGGAAGCCGUCCAAGGCGGAGGGCACCACAUCCGGGAUCCUGUGGGAGGCGGCGUCGAGUACCAGUUCGUGCCCAUCCUGAAGCUCAUUAGCACCUUGCUGACGAUGGGGGUAUUAGGCAGCGAGGACGUCCACAAGAUCCUGCUGCUCAUUGACCCUAAUGUCUUCAGAGAGGCACACGACGAGGGGACCGCCGGGGCCACGGACAAGGAAGGGUUAACGGGGGCGGAGGAGAAGGCGGUGGAGGCUGGGGAAGAGGAAGCAGCCAAAGAGAAUAAACAGCCAAUCAAAGGGCUGCUGGAGAAGAGGCUGCCGGAGCCUGUCAAACGACAGAUGUGCGAGCUGCUUCAUUAUUUCUGCGACUGCGAGCUGAAGCACCGCAUCGAGGCCAUCGUGUCGUUCUCCGACAGCUUCGUCUCCAAGCUGCAGUACAACCAGAAGUUCAGGUACAACGAACUGAUGUUGGCGCUUAACAUGUCGGCGGCUGUGACGGCGAAGAAGACCAAAGAGUUCCGAUCGCCGCCUCAAGAGCAGAUUAACAUGCUCCUGACCUUCAGUACGGGUGAGGACUGUCCGUGUCCGUCCAAAAUCCAGGAGGAACUUUACGAUUUUCACAACCAGCUCCAGCUUCACUGUGGAAUCCCAAUGGAGGAAGACGAAGAUGAGCAAGAUACAUCCAUCAGAGGGCGCCUCCUUAUGCUGGUUAACAGGAUCAAGUGUCAGUCUCACAAGGCGAAGGAGCCCAUGGAGCAGGAGCAGGCUGCACCCUCCAAUCUGAAGGAACUGAUCUCCCAGACCAUGGUCAGCUGGGCCCAGGAGUGCCACGUCCAGGACUCGGAGCUCGUCCGUAAGAUGUUCAGCCUGCUGAGAAGACAGUACGACAGCAUCGGGGAACUGCUUCGUGCCAUGAGGAAGGCCUACACCAUCAGUGCUGCUUCAGUGCAGGACACCAUCAACCUCCUGGCCUCCCUGGGUCAGAUCCGAUCACUGUUGUCCGUCCGCAUGGGAAAAGAAGAGGAGAAGCUAAUGAUCGACGGACUCGGUGACAUCAUGAACAACAAGGUCUUCUACCAACACCCCAAUCUAAUGAGAAUACUGGGCAUGCACGAGACUGUCAUGGAGGUCAUGGUCAAUGUCCUCGGAGGAGACAAAUCCCAGGAAAUUGCCUUCCCGAAGAUGGUGGCCAGUUGUUGUCGCUUUCUCUGCUACUUCUGCCGGAUCAGUCGCCAGAACCAGAAGGCCAUGUUUGACCACCUCAGUUACUUGUUGGAGAACAGCAGCGUAGGUCUUGCUUCACCAUCCAUGAGGGGCUCCACUCCACUAGAUGUCGCCGCUUCGUCAGUGAUGGACAACAACGGCCUGGCUCUGGCGCUGGAGGAACCAGAUCUGGACAAGGUGGUCACGUACCUGGCGGGGUGUGGUCUCCAGAGCUGCCCAAUGCUUCUGGCCAAAGGUUACCCAGAUAUUGGUUGGAACCCCAUCGAAGGAGAACGAUACCUUUCAUUUCUGAGAUUUGCUGUCUUCGUCAAUGGUGAGAGCGUGGAGGAGAACUCCAGUGUUGUCGUAAAGUUGCUAAUCCGCCGCCCUGAGUGUUUCGGCCCAGCCUUGAGGGGAGAAGGAGGGAACGGUCUGUUAGCAGCCAUGAAGGAAGCCAUCAAGAUCUCUGAGACGCCGUCUUUGGAUCUGCCCUGCUCCGUGCAGGGAGUCAGCUCCGACGUGUCUGCGGAUGGCGAUGAUGAGGAGGAGGUGGUUCACAUGGGCAACGCCAUCAUGUCCUUCUACUCUGCACUCAUUGACCUUUUGGGACGUUGCGCCCCAGAGAUGCAUGUAUGCUCUUUAUCCAGUAAUUUAAAUUAUAGGAAAGUGACAACAACAUUUCCUUUUUGCCUCUGUAGAUGGCGCUAUAACUACAUUUUCUUUUCACAUAAAUCUAAACCUGAAUCAAAACACAAGACCAGUUAGGUGAUUGUCACCGGGAUGUAAGAGGAGCAAAGACACCUCUGAGCCAGGAACCACACAGAAACUCUGAGUUAAACUAUCGCAGUGUUUUUCAACGCCGGGGUUGUGACCCCAUUUUUCCACAAAAUAUUAUUCUUCUAGAAAUUAUAAUUUAAAAACCGCCAAACA